AUGGACCCUCCCUCCAAACUCCGCGAGACCUUCGCCUCCAAGCCCGUCUCCGAGCACAACGACACCUGGGACGCCCUCUACCAGCAGUCCUUCCACCCCUGGGACCGCGCUGGCCCAUCCCUGGCCCUCGCCGACCUGCUCGCCCAGCGCACCGACCUCAUCCCGCCGUCCCUCGAGCGCGACCCCCGCGGCAACCCGCUUCGCGACGCCGCCGGCGCCGUCAUCCGAAGGUCGGCCCUCAUACCCGGCUGCGGCCUCGGCCAUGACGUGCUGCUCCUGAGUUCCCUCGGCUACGACGUCGUCGGAUUGGACUACAGCCAAAAAGCUCAGGACAUGGCUCGGGAGAACCAGAAACAGGCCGCCGCUGAGGGCAAAUACAAGUCGAUCGAGGAGGGUGUUGAAUGCGGUCGCGUGACGUGGGUGUCUGGCGACUUCUUUGGCGAUGCCUGGGAGGGCGGCAAGGGCCAGUUUGACCUGAUAUACGACUACACAUUCCUCUGCGCGCUCCAGCCCUCAGAGCGCCCCAGGUGGGCAAAGCGCAUGGCCCAGCUCCUCGCCCCCGGCGGCCAGCUCAUCUGCCUCGAGUUCCCCUCCGGAAAGCCCCUCUCGCAGCAAGGCCCGCCCUGGGGCGUCUGGCCCGAAGUCUACGAGGCCCUCCUAGCUAACCCCGGCGAGCCCAUCGAAUACACCGACGACGGCAACGUCAAGCCCAGCGCCACUCCCAAGCAGCCUCACCCGGAUGCGCUGCACCGCGUGUGCCUCGUCAAGCCGCCGAGGACGCACAAGGCGGGCACAAAUGAGGACGGGAGCGUCAGGGACUUCAUCUCCGUGUGGUCUCGGUAG